AUGGAUACACAAGUAGAUGGAGGCCUGGUUUUAAUCACUGGCGUCACUGGCGUGGUCGGUGUCAUUGCCCUACUCUUCGUCCGGUAUGCCUACACGACCUUCCGAUGGCACAAAAAGUACAAAUUGCCACCGCAGGUACCAGGAGUCCCGAUCUUUGGAAAUAGCUUUCAAAUUCCAGCCAUACAACAAGGACCAUGGGGCAAAAUACUAGCAGAGAAAUACGGGGAGAUGUUUACAUGCAAAUUUGGAGGCAGCACAUGGGUUUUUCUCAACUCGUCGCGCGUGGUCACCGAUCUCAUGGAGCGUCGCGCGGCGAUCUACAGUUCCAGGCCCCCUUUUCCUAUGACACAAGGAAUCAUGUCAGGGGACUCUCGAAUCGUCCUCAUGCCUUACAACGAUCGAUGGCGGCUUCUACGAAAGAUCAUGCACCAAAUUCUAAACGGCAAAAACCAAGAUAUUUUCCGGCCUUUCCAGGAUCUUGAGUCGAAGCAACUUUGCUGGGACUACCUACAUUCUCCGGAAAGAUGGUGGUCUGCGAAUGGACGGUACGCUAACUCUGUUAUUAUGAGUGUUGUCUUCGGGCGCCGGUCGCUUCUUGAUGAUCCAGAAGUUGCAGAGCUAUUCGAAACAAUUGAGCUCUUCCUAGAGAACCAACAACCUGGCGUCAACAUCGUGGAUGCUUUCCCAGUAUUUGCCAAACUGCCAAAAUUACUCCAAUGGUGGAGGCCAAGAGGAGAGGCAAUUUUCGAAAGAACCAAAAGAGUGCUCCAUAGGGUUUACAAGCGAGAGCUCGACCGGCUCGAACAGAGGAUCAAGGACGGCACUCAACGAAGAUGCUUCGGGGUAGCCUUCCUCGAAAGCAAAGAAAUACAACAGAUAGACGACACCCAGAAGCUCUUUGUGUUUGGAUCACUGAUGGAAGCGGGAAGCGACACUUCGCGUGUCACAAUUGGUCAAAUCAUUGCCGGGGCUAUCUGUUACCCUGACUGGGUGGUAAAAGCGCGAAAGCAGCUCGAUUCCGUGUGUGGUGCGAAUGCUGAGCGACUGCCGCAGUGGGAAGACCGAUCCCUACUUCCAUACAUUACGGCAGUCGUGAAGGAAGGAUUCCGCUGGAGACCCAACAUUGCUGAGAUUGGUGCUCCGACUACACUAACUCGAGAUGAUGAGUACGAGGGAUAUAAUUUCCCUAAGGGGACAAUCUUUACCUGGAACGCGUGGGCAAUAGCCUUGAACCCAGAUGAAUAUGAAGAGCCGGAACGAUUCUGGCCGGAUCGAUUCCUGAAUGAUGAUUUGGACAACGCACUGAAAGGACAUUGGGCUUUUGGACCUGGUCGACGAGUGUGUGUUGGUUGGAAGGUCGGGGAGACAAAUGUGUGGAUUGCCAUUGCUCGCCUGCUCUACUGUUUUGACUUUCACGAGGUACCCCGGGGAGCCUAUUGA